AUGCAUCCUUCUAAAACUGCCGGCUCGCCUUCUAACAUUACCCCUGCCACGCCCUUGGUAGCACCUUCACCGCAGGUGCACGAACGUGGUCCGGACGGAGCUGGUGUGUUGCCGGGCAUGAUUCCCACGCCCUUCCUGGCCACAUGCGAGGACACUCACGCCAGUGUCCGUGGAGCGGACACCGUUCUUGGCGGCGAUGGGUGUGGAGACGACGUCGCCGGGCGUGCGAUGGAGCAAAUACGGCUGCUGUGGGCGCACUUUCAAGCGACUCGUGGGACAAAGGGUCCGUCGGCUGCGGCACACGGGGGCGUGCCGAACUUCACCCUUGGCGAAGACCUGCAUGCCGCUCUUGCGGGAAUGGACGGCGAUGCGGCGGAUGAGUCGGGCAAAGGAGGCGGAGUUGUAACGCCAGCCGUGGCAGACCAGCCGCAGGUGUGGAGGCCGAACGGCAGGGCUGGAGAUGCACCCCAACAGAGUGGGGUUCAGAGGGACGCGUGCGUGGCGACGCAGGCACCAACACGACCCGCCCGAGCUGCCGAAGAGUUAGUGCCGGUUGCAGAGGCAUUUGAGCGGCCAAACCGCGGAUUCGCAAUGAACCGACUGUCAGGAGCUGGGAGGCUGGCGAUCGUGGGGAACCACGUGGCUCCCCGGGUGGGCGGUGUUGGCGUGGAGACAGCGACGGGGAUGGCCGCGGGGAGAGUAGCGCCUGAUGGUGUUGCGUGGGAUCGACAUGCGCCAGGCAUGCAAGGAAGAGGGUUGAAGCGAGAGCGGCCGAGGAUGACGAUCGUGGUCGACUACAACCCAAACGAUGCCAGGCCUGAUUUACAGCCGGGAAUGCCUCCGGCAGACCAAAUUCACUUUUACGCCAAGAAGGCGAUGCAUUUGCUGUUGCGCUCAUGCGCCGCGCAUGGCGUAACGCACUGGCCGACGGACGACGAGAGGAACGUGGCCCUUCUCGUGGUGCUCCGGUGCCAUCACGACGGCUGUCAGCUAGACGUUGACCGCGCCAUGAGGAACGGGGCGUACAGCAAGGUGGUCAACAAGAUCUGGUCGAAGUUCAGGAGUGACUCGUCGUCGAACGGACGCCGCAGGAUCGUGGAUGGGCCGGAGAUCGAGGUCGCAGCCACCGGCAUCUACAAGCUGGAGAUAGAUAUCGACACCAAAAAGGAGCUGCACCGGAAAUACGCGCCCAGUGAGUGUCGUGGGGGAGUCAUUCCCAUGGCAGACGCGGGGCUCAAGGCAUUCCCAGGCGACCUGGAGGUCAUGCACGCUAAGGCGUCCAGCCUGCACAUGCUGGGCGAGCAUGCUGCUGCUAUGCGGCUAUACGACGAGCUGCUCUCCUCACCCGUUCAACCGGGUGAGCAGACAUCAUACCGCCACAGGACCUUCUUUCAGCGCCACCUGCUGGCCUACACUGUGUCGCGCCUCGACCAGCCCUUCUCUGCCUUCCGCAUUGAUGACGACCUUGCUGAGGAGUGGCGGGUGAGAGUGGCGGGUGGGAGUGGCGGGUGGGAGUGGCGGGUGGGAGUGGCGGGUGGGAGUGGCGGGUGGGAGUGGCGGGUGGGAGUGGCGGGUGGGAGUGGCGGGUGGGAGUGGCGGGUGGGAGUGGCGGGUGGGAGUGGCGGGUGGGAGUGGAGUGGAGGCGCCUCCUGCUGGCUCGCCUACACUGUGUCGCGCCUCGCCCAGCCCUUCUCUGCCUUGCGCAUUGACGAUGACCUUGACGGGGAGUGGCGGGUGAGUGGGGCAGGGCGAGAGGGAGAGGGGGAAACGUGGGUGGGAGAAGGGGACUUGAAUAACGACCUUGACGAGGAGUGGCGGCUCAAUUCCCCUAAUCAUCCCCACUCUUCCCUGCUCUUCCCCUCUCCUCCCCACCUCUCCCCUUCCCCCUCUCCCCUCACCCCUCCCCUUGUGCACCUCCCUCUCUCCCACCCCUUCUUCUCCCCCCAUGGGCGCCAGGACAAGUGGGCGACGGGGGGCCGGCCGGAGGAGCUCCCGGGCUUCCUGCGCAUGGCAGGGCUGGCGGCCCUGGACGUGAUGCAGCAGGUGAGGCGCACGCUGCUCCUCAUCGCGGAUCAGAUGCGCAUCGCCCGUUUGCUCUUUGGGGCCCACGGCGGGGAUGGGGACGGUGCGGCCGACGGGGCGAGUGGGGGGCGGGAGCUGUGGCGGGAGCAGCUGGAGGAGGCGCAGCAGCAGAGGCUGGGCGGGCAGCGCACUGGCCGCAGCCGUCAAAGCAGCAGCAACAGCAGCGGCAGCAGCGGCAGCAGCAGCAGCAGCAGCAGCAGCAGCAGCAGCAGCGGCAGCAGCAGCGGUGGCGGUGACAGCAGCGGCGGUGGCAGCAGCGUGGCUGAAGGCACUGAGGAGAGCAGCACUGACAGCAGCACUGACAGCAGCAGCAGCAGCAGCCGUGGUGGUGGGCAGAGUCUGUUGGACCGAUCUGACCUCAUGACGAGCUGGCGGCACAUGUUCCGAGUGCUGGUGGCGUGGAGGCAGGUGUCAGACGCCACGGAGACCGUCGCAUGGAAGGCGUUCGCCCAGGGGCAGGCAUGGCCGGAGGACAUGCUGUAUCGCACCGGCACACCCAUCUUCACCUGGGUCAUGGCCACCGCUCGCUACCUCGCCGUCUAUCCCAACCCUCUUUCUUUCCUCCCAGCCCUCUUUCUUUCCUCCCAGCCCUCUUCCUUUCCUCCCAGCCCUCUUCCUUUCCUCCCAGCCCUCUUUCUUUCCUCCCAGCCCUCUUCCUUUCCUCCCAGCCAAGGAUCAAAAUUACGGGCGGUAAACGUCACAAGGAGCGGCCUGCUGCAGGCAGAGAGGGCGUUUGAUGCUGACUCGCACCAGCCGUUCGACGUGCCUCGCUCCACCUUCGGCGCCCAGCUGGAAGCAGCGGAGGAUCACGAGGGGCUCUUCAACGUGAUUGGCCGGGACUUCUACGUGCGUCUGCCAUGCUACAGCCGGGCAUUCCCAGGCUGCAUGCACCUGUUCUGGCUCUUGAUCCUCAUUGAUUGCCCCUUCUCGCCCACCCUCCCGUGCAGGAAAGAUUUGGGCGGCACAGAGUUCAAAUUACAAAAACGCCCCCUGGCAGUGGACUUUGACACAGUGACCCCCAUCGACUCAACGCGCUGCACCCCAACGACAGUCGACGCGGCGCGGUGGAAUGCAUUCGACUCGGAGCUCACAGCGGCAUGGCAGGGAUUCAUGGAAGCUGCACUGGACCACCGCACCAGUUCUCAUCCCAUCACACACCCCGUUCCCCCCUCCCUCCCUCCGCCACCAGUCCCUUAG